GCUGAGAGGAGCUAUCACAUGGGGAGCCGGGAGCUGCUCAGCAAAGGUGACCUCUUAGACCCUGGAGCAGCAAGAGAAAUUCUGAGAGACAGUUCAAGUUCAACAAAUAUUGACUGCAUGCCUAUUAUGUCCUAGGCCCACAGCCCUUCCCAUGCAGCAUGGCACAGUGGGCUGGAGUCCUAGGCCUGGAGCCCGACUGCUGGGGUGUGCCUGGAUUUUGCCACUUACUAGCUGUGUGGUCUUGGAUCCCUUUAUGAGGAAACUGAAGUUCAGAAGAGUCACAGACUUAGUAAUUCCCAGGCCUGGGAUGGGGAACCAAAUAUUGUGGUCCUUCUACACUCCAACAGCUGCUACAGUUCCGAGGAGAUAAGAAAUCAGGAAAUUUAAAUAAACAACACCAAAACUGGGGCACUAUCCCAGAACUCAGCAAGAACUUGGGAAAGGGAAACAGAGGAUUCAGAAUCCCUGGAUAACAGUCCUUGAAAGGGAGAAGGGCAUGGAGAACGGAGGAAAAGAAGUGGAAAAGAAGGAGCUGGAGAGCACUCAGAAGGUGGAGCAUUGAGUGGGUGGGGUUCCCACAUCACUCAUGUGGCCUGCUUCUUUGCAGGCUCCCAGACAGACCUUGGAGCUACCUCCUGUCAGGAAGGGAAUAUGAACUACUGAGCCCUCAGCUGCCUGGCCUGGUGCUCUGUACCUGGACGAGCCUUCCCAGGAAGGCUGGUGAUAAGAGCCUGCCAGAGAGGCUUGAGCAGAAAGCACCCACCAUAAAACUGGGAAGCCUGGACCUGGGCUCGCCAUCCCAGGGUCACUGGACUAGGAUGGGGGAUGGGCCUGUGACAGGAGGUGGCCUGGGUGUCCUCUUUCGGCCCCAUGGAGUCCUCAUCCAUCCCUCAGUCAUCAGGGAACUCUUCUACUUUGGCCAGGGUCCCUCAAACCCCAGGCCCCUCUACUGCCAGUGGGGUCCCGGAGGUGGGGCUACGGGACGUGGCUUCGGAAUCUGUGGCCCUCUUCUUCAUGCUCCUGCUGGACUUGACUGCGGUGGCUGGCAACGCUGCUGUCAUGGCUGUUAUCGCCAAGACGCCUGCCCUCCGGAAAUUUGUCUUCGUCUUCCACCUCUGCCUGGUGGACCUGUUGGCUGCCCUGACCCUCAUGCCCCUGGCCAUGCUCUCCAGCUCCACCCUCUUUGACCACGCUCUCUUUGGGGAGGUCACCUGCCGCCUCUACUUGUUCCUGAGCGUCUGCUUUGUCAGCCUGGCCAUCCUCUCGGUGUCGGCCAUCAACGUGGAGCGCUACUAUUACGUGGUCCACCCCAUGCGCUACGAGGUGCGCAUGACACUGGGGCUGGUGGCCUCUGUGCUGGUGGGUGUGUGGGUGAAGGCCUUGGCCAUGGCUUCUGUGCCUGUGUUGGGCAGGAUCUCCCGGGAGGAAGGAGCUCCCAGCGUCUCCCCAGGCUGCUCGCUCCAAUGGAGCCACAGUGCCUACUGCCAGCUUUUUGUGGUGGUCUUUGCUGUCCUUUACUUCUUGUUGCCCCUGCUCCUCAUCCUUGUGGUCUACUGCAGCAUGUUCCGAGUGGCUCGCGUGGCUGCCAUGCAGCAUGGGCCCCUGCCCACGUGGAUGGAGACACCCCGGCAACGCUCCGAAUCUCUCAGCAGCCGCUCCACGAUGGUCACCAGUUCGGGGGCCCCCCAAACCACCCCACACCGGACAUUUGGGGGAGGGAAGGCAGCAGUGGUUCUCCUGGCCGUGGGGGGACAGUUCCUGCUCUGUUGGUUGCCCUACUUCUCUUUCCACCUCUAUGUCGCCCUGAGUGCUCAGCCCAUUUCAACUGGACAGGUGGAGAGUGUGGUGACCUGGAUUGGCUACUUCUGCUUCACUUCCAACCCUUUCUUCUAUGGAUGUCUCAACCGGCAGAUCCGCGGGGAGCUCAGCAAGCAGUUUGUCUGCUUCUUCAAGCCAGCUCCAGAGGAGGAACUGAGGCUGCCUAGCAGGGAGGGCUCAAUUGAGGAGAACUUCCUGCAGUUCCUUCAGGGGACUGGCUGUCCCACGGAGUCCUGGGUUUCCCGACCCAUACCCAGCCCCAAGCAGGAGCCACCUGCUGUUGACUUUCGAAUUCCAGGCCAGAUAGCUGAGGAGACCUCAGAGUUCCUGGAACAGCAACUCACUAGUGACAUCAUCAUGUCGGACAGCUAUCUCCAUCCUGCCCCCUCACCACGGCUGGAAUCAUGAUGGACCGCUGGACACUUGGAGAGAUGGAGCUGGGGGUCAGUUAUGAUUGUGAGGACCACCUUGUGGGAUCAGCUUUUCCCAGCUGGCAGGGGCUGGGACUGGGCCUCCACACACAGCUUUCGUUUAGUGUUUCCUGGGUCAUGAACAGAGUCGACAGGAUGGACAUACGACAAAAGCCUUGGACUUGGCUGUGAUCCUUGACUACUGGGGGAGGGAACCCAGGAAUGGUGAGACAGCGACGAGAGAAAAGGGUCACAAAGGACUGUCCUCCCUGAUCUUUCUCCUCAUGGCAGUGACUCCACUUCCAGCCCUCUGGACAAUCGGGUACAACAGACUAAGGUUGGGCAUGGGAAGGGUGGGGUUUCCAUGGUCCAUUAAAUGCCUCCCUACUCUCAUUCAUCGUGCUCAAAAUUAGCUUCAGUGACAAAACUUAAAUCUCUCUCUGAUCUGCAGCCCUGGGUUGGAAAGAGGGCACAGGAGGUGGGCUCAGCAGUUCAUUGACUGAGACUGUAGGAACUGCGUUGGUUGGUAUUGGUGACCAAUGCAUGGAUCAACCAAAUUUUCAAGGGAGGGAGAAUGAUUGCAAACCGGACAGGAUGUGGGAUUAUCUGUCUAUCCCAUUUCCCUUAAUAUAGUCAAGUGACACCAAAGAGUCAGGUCCAGAGGGUGAUGUGAUCUGUAUUUGAACAAUGCCCAGCUCAUUUAAGUAUCCAAGGGGAAAAUGGGCUGGUGGGAGUGGGAUAGUUUCCCCUCUGAAAAGCCAAUAAAUAAUUUUUAUUAUAAAAAUUUAUACUGAUAUCAACAUUUACUCCUUCAGUUCAACUCAAUGCAUGUCUGAAUACCCACUAUUCCCUGGGAGCCACAGAGAGGCUGUGCGGUUGCUGCCUUCAAGGAGUUCGUAGUCUAAUUUGAUCAGAUAUCUUGUAUUUUACAGAGAAUUUAUGGCUGGUAAAGCACUGUAGAAAAUAUUUUAGAAAUAUAUUGGAGAAAUAUCCAGGGUUCUAACUUUUCAGAGGUCAGUCCAUUGCAGCAAAACAUCUAAAUUGAGGCUUCCUGCAGAUUGUGGAAAGUGUAGAGGUUGUAAAAUUCUCUAGUGAAGAAAAGAAAUAAAUGAAACAGGGUAAACAUAGCUCCCCGCCCCCCCAUCCUUUCACCUAGGAAAAUUUCCUGGUUUCUGUCUUCCUACCACUUACUACUCCAGCCUAGUGCCUACUACAUUGAGGAAAUCCCUUAGGAAGAUAGUACAUCCAGGGAAGGGAGUCCUUUGUGAUUAGAAAACAUAUUUGUACCUCCCCCCUCUCUUCCAUUUUAAGAUAAAUUCAUACUGAGGAAUUUCAUUCCUAGAUAGAUGGUGGGGAAAAACUUUUCUUCCUAAAGCCACUGAUCAGCUAGUAGUCCCUAAGAAUUGCCAGAAGGUGGCAGUAUGAGUCCAGGGGAAAUAGGAAAGGGGCAUGUUCUUGGGAGGGGUUGGCAUUAAAUCCUUAAAUGUUGCCUGGUAGCCAUUUUGUUAAUUUAUUUUGCCUUUCCCUUUGGUUUUGCCCUCCAAAUUUUCCUUCAAAUACAUCAAAGAAGAAAGUUUUAAGUGCAAGGAUUUCUCUAAUUCAGAAUGAAAUUUCCUGACACUGAGAUCUCACUAGUGUUUAUUACAGAGUUUGACAUACAUGGGUUCCUUUGCCAUUUAUUUUUCCCUGUCCAAGUGGAUAAUGAAAGAAAAGAGACUCUCUUGUUAUGCUGAGAACUUUCCCAACAAUUUCUAACAUGGUCCUAACAUGGUCACCUUCUACUUUUCUAGUCACCAAAAUGACUUGAUAAAGUCUGAUAAGUAAUCCUUAGCUCUAAAGCUGUUCCUAACAAAACUUGAACUCCCUAAUCCAUUGAAGAAACAUCAGGUUGGGGCAUCUAUCUUGUCAAUUACUUUUUCAUGACUCCUGAUGGUAUUACGGUGACUCCCAAUCUUAUGUGAAAAUUUUAGAUCCUCUCUUGUCACAUCUUCCCAAGUAACGUCAUUUAGGGGCAUGGUAGAAAAGGGGCAAAUUUGGAGUCAGAUCUACUUACUUAUUGUAUGAAUUUGGGAAAGCUGCUUAAUUUCUCUGAGCCUAUUUCCUCAUCUGUAAAAAUGGGGAUAAUAUCACCUACCUCACAGGGUUGUUGUGAGGAUUAAAGAUAUGAAACAUGGA